AUGCCCACAACGAUACACGAAAAUAUUGCUCUAUUAAACAUGAUGUCUUCAGACAACUUAGAAGAUGAUCUGAAAAGUGUUCAGCUCCAUUUUCCAUCAGAGAGAAGACUUCAGAGCGACGGCGCAUGCGUAGAAGAGAGGGUGAGGACUUCCCGCGGAGACAUCCUAGUGGCGGUCCGGGGGGAUCGCAACAAGCGCGCAAUAAUAACUUACCAUGACCUCGGCCUCAAUUAUGCAGCUAACUUCCAGGCAUUUUUCAAUUUCGUAGAUAUGAGAUCAAUAUUGGACCAAUUUUGCAUUUACCACAUCAAUGCACCCGGUCAGGAGGAGGGGGCUCCGACUCUGCCUGAAGAUUUCUCUUAUCCCUCAAUGGACGCUCUGGCAUCUCAAAUAGAUUUCGUACUCGGACAUUUUGGUAUAAGAUCCUUCAUCGGUUUCGGUGUGGGCGCUGGCGCUAACAUAUUAGCUCGCUACGCACUUGUAAGUCCUCAAAAAGUCGAUGCUUUAGUAUUGAUAAAUUGUACGUCUACACAGGCUGGCUGGACUGAAUGGCUGUAUCAAAAGAUUAACACACGGCAGCUUAGAUCCAGUGGAAUGACACAGGGUGCAGUUGAUUAUCUAAUGUGGCACCAUUUCGGUCGUAGCACUGACGAUCGAAAUCAUGACUUAUCACAUGUAUACAAAGAGUGCUUUUCGCAUGUCAAUUCCGUUAACCUGUCAAUGUUCAUCGAUUCCUACUUGCGUCGUUCUGAUUUAGGGAUAGCUAGAGAUAGCAACACCAUAAAGGUACCAGUUCUGAAUGUGACUGGAGCUCUUUCUCCGCAUGUCGAAGAUACGGUUACAUUUAACGGGCGUCUGGAGCCGGCUAAGACGUCUUGGCUGAGUAUUUCUGAUUGUGGUAUGGUCUUGGAGGAGCAGCCUAGUAAGAUUGCGGAGGCGUUCCGUCUUUUCCUCCAGGGCGAGGGUUACUGCAGGUAG